AGCCAUGUCACCUUUUUUUCAGAUUCGCACAGGUGUAGCAUCAACGUAUUCAUUUUGGCAAUCAGUGUUGCCAUUGAGACUCGAUGCGUUUCUGUUGACCCAGCUUUUUCCAGUGCUAUUGACCAUGGUCUGUCCGACGUGAACGCUCCACGUAUUUUUGACUCCAAAAGUGCUCACAAGUUAAAUGCAGCUGAAUCGUUUCAUGGCUGCCAGUGCGCUCAUGUGAGCCAUGGCAGGCAACGGCAGUUUUUGCCGCUCCUUCGUCGAGCUUUGUGACCUGAACGACGGGUUCGAGUUGCACAAACUGCUCCGGACGACGACGGGCACACACCCGACAGAAGAGGAUAAGAAGGAUUCCUGUGAUGACGACAUAGCAGCUGCUGUUUUGGCAGCCUGGAGUGCAGGGGAUACUCCAGAAGGCUUGGAGUCUGCUUUAGAUGCGCUGCAAAAGUGGAGCAAUAGGUAUCUCGAUCGGAACGCAAAAGUUCGUUGGAUGCUAACUCCCAUGCUGUGGCUAGCUGCAAGGACGAGGCAGCUGGCCGUUCAGCUGGACGGCUCCGACUCCCGAAGAUAUCGUGAAAGAGUCGUUGAGGGCGCUGUGGUGAUUUGUUGUGAGCUCCUUCGACUCUACAGCAGCUUGGGACAGGUGAGGUCUCAGCAGACCAACGAUUCCGACCCACUGCACAAGUGACCUGUUGGCUUUUCUUCAUUCUCUUCCUUUUUAUAUACAGUACAUCUUUUUCCUUGAGCGGCUGCGAAUCGAUGAGGCAUCCCAAUGCGCUUUUGUUCUCACAACGGUGGGUCUUCGUUAGCAAAAAAUGAUUGAAUUUGAUGAUACGUAGAUGAAGAACAUCCAUUCACAGAGGAUAACACGCACGAACCGAAGCCAUCUAGGCCCGAGUUUUCUCGAAAAGGUCCGCAUUUUACUUUUCAUGGUAG